CUUUCCCACAUUCCUCAACUAUCUACAGGUUAUCUUCAAUGACUUGGCAAGAGGCAGUUUCAGAAAAGCGGAAGAGGCAGCUCGCGUCCAUCCCCCAAGAGUGGACCUUGGCCAGUCUACCGUCAAAGGAUCACCUUGACAUUUCUGUUUUUCCAGACUCUUGUGGUCUUCUGACCCCGACAGAGCUGGAAAUCACUAGGUCUGAAAUCGAUGGUCUCCUAUCCAAGCUUGCGAAGGGCGACUGGACAUCUGUACAAGUUACUACAGCAUUCUACAAACGUGCUAUCAUCGCGCAUCAGCUGACCAAUUGCCUUACUGAAAUAUUUGUCGAAAAAGCGCUUGCUAAAGCUGCCGAAUGUGACGACUAUCUCAAGCAAACAGGCAAGGUGCUGGGACCGCUUCAUGGUCUGCCUGUAUCCUUGAAGGAUCAAAUCAAUAUCAAGGGAAUUGAGUCUACGAUGGGUUAUGUUUCCUGGAUUGGGACCUUCGCGGAGCGUAACGCCGUCCUUGUAGAUAUGCUAGACUCCUUAGGUGCUGUUCCUUUCGUCAAGACAAACGUUCCUCAGACCUUGAUGUGGGGGGAAACUUUCAAUAACAUUUUCGGACGCACCUGUAAUCCCCAUAACAGAUCUCUCACAAGUGGGGGCUCUUCUGGUGGGGAGGGUGCAUUACUUGCACUCAGAGGGAGUCCUCUAGGUAUUGGUUCCGAUAUCGGAGGGUCGAUCCGGAUUCCGUCGUCUUUUUGUGGUAUCUAUGGAUUACGACCUUCCCAUGGCCGGGUACCUUAUGCGGGCUGUGUGAACUCGAUGGAGGGACAGGACUCUAUUAUGUCCGUUCUGGGUCCAAUGUCCAAUAGCUUAAGCGGCCUCAAGUGUUUCAUGAAAGCCGUAGUAGACGCGAAACCUUGGUACAAAGAUGCCCUCGUCAUCCCUAAGGCCUGGAGUGAAGAAGAUUAUAGGCUAGUCAACCACGGGGGAGGGAAAUUGCUGUGUUUUGGUAUUCUAUGGGACGAUAGAUGCGUGGUACCGAAUCCCCCCAUAAUUCGAGCGCUGGAGAUGACAAAGAAAGCAUUACUGGCUGCUGGUCAUAAAGUUGUUGAUUGGGAGCCCUUCAAACAUGACGCCCUUUCCAGGACUUCCUACGAAAUUUGGGGCGCAGGUUGCGACGAAGACUAUCGCGUAGUCGCUCAGAUUUCUGGGGAACCUGUAAUCUCCACCAUGGGUCCUGAUGGCAAUUCAGAGCCUGGAGAGUCUAAACAUAAGGGGGGGAUAUCGGCGUACAAGCUGUGGCAAGUCCAAAAACAAAAGAGGGACCUACGGCAGGAGUAUCUCGAGUAUUGGCAAGCAACCCAGAAGACCACGGGCACCGGCAGACCUGUUGAUGCAAUUAUAUCACCAGUGGCACCCUAUGCCGCACCUCCACAUGGUUUCAACCGAAUAACGGAUUACACAAGAAUUUGGAAUGUGCUUGAUUACACCACUCUAGUUAUCCCGGUGUCCAAAGUUGAUCGUCACCUCGACGUGAAGAAACUUCCCCACAAAUUCUACAGUGACAGGGACAAAGACAAUUAUGAUCGAUAUGACCCGGAAACCUUCAGAAAUGCGCCUGUCGCAGUACAAAUUGUGGGUCGAACGCUCGAAGAGGAAGCUGUCAUCGGCAUGGCAGAAAUCGUUGAUACUGCACUGAAAGCAACGAAGUCGCAGACUGCCUCUUAUUUGUAACGAUAUUCUGUAUACGUAUAUGAAGAGUGUAAGAUAAUCGAAAGUCCUAGUGUAUCUACGAUACAAGCAUGUAAGAUAGAAGUGCAGGAAUAUGAGUGUCGUUGAUAAUACAUAUGUAAGUAGCUGU